AUGACAAAAUUCUCAUCACUGAAAAACGCAAUUCCUCGUAAAACCAAGAAGGAACGUUCCCAACCAAAAUGGCGUAGGGAUUUGGGUUAUGGUACAUUGGAAAAACACAAGGAUUAUAAAGUGAGAUCCCGAAAGGCCCAUCAAAUUGAGGAACAAAAAAAGUUAUUACACGAACAAAUCAAGAAUAAGAAUGAAGAUGAAUACUUUAUCGAUAUGGCACACGCCACAAAAACCGAUACAGGAACAACAGUUAUUGAAAAGAUUCCAACAAUGAAGAAGAAAAAGGAAGCCUUGAAUAAUUUAAAAAAAACAAAGAAGGAACAACGAUUGUUUGUACAACAAAAUGCGGAAAAGAAUUUGAAUUUACUCAGAAUGAAAUUACAAAUUAUAAAUAAUAAUAUUGAAAAACUGAGAAGAGGACUUGGAUUUUUGGAAGUUGCUUCCAAGUCUGAUAAGAAAAUUAAGCAUAAAGUAUUUUUGAAGAGUAAGGAAGAGCUGGAAACUUUCGAUCCUGUGGAAUAUUUCGAUACUGAUCCUUUACUGCUCAAUCAAACUCAUAACAGAGUGAAACGAAAGACUUUGGCUGAACAAUCUGUUCAAGCAUAUGCACCAAACGCAGGUAUUGAUGCUUACACUACACCAGCAACUGAUAAUGCCACACUUGCAGAAUAUAAAAAGUUGGAAAAGUUAAUUUCCAAGAGAGAAGUUAUUGAAAAGACAAUUAAUGAUAUUGAAGUAGCUCUCCAAUUAACACUCUCAUCAGACAAGGUUGAAAAGAUUGAAAGAGACAAAUCAACUGAAAGAAAGAAUCUUAAAGGUGACUAUUCUGAUGUAAAGACUGUUCAAUUCAAGAAGGAAAGAAAAAGAUAA